AUAUGGCUCGCAGCAUUUUCAUUUUUGCAUCGUAAUAUCAGAGGAUUGAAACUAAAAGGACAAGAGAAGCUAAAAGACAAAAAAGUAUAUUCUUAUUGAAAAGACGGAAAAUAUCGUAGACAAAGAUGCUACGAGAAUAUGGAGUGGUAAGUCGUUGUCUGUCGCUGGUUCCAAACAAUCCAGGGAACCCGUACACUACAAUUGCUGGAGCCAUUAUGAUUAUAUUUGCCUUUUUCAAUAUCCUGUCAAACUCCCUUUUGAUUUUCGCAUUGUACAAAUCGAAGCAGCUACGGACAUUUUCAAAUAAAUUUAUUCUCAUGAUGACAGUGUCAGACUUGUGUUUGGGAAUUCUUACACAGCCUGUACUGGGAGCAUUCUGGAUAUCAAGUAGACAAAGAAACUGCCUUGAGCUCAAAUCUGUUGAAUUUACGGUGAUUUUUUUGGUAUAUAUUUCGGUCUUAAUGAUACUUCUCAACUCGGUUGAUCGGUACCUUCACAUUACAAAGCCGAUUCGAUAUCAGGCGAUGAUGAACACUAAUCGCAUGAUCCUAUUGGUUGUAUCUUGUUUUAUUAGUGGACUUAUUGCUGCCACAAUUUCCGUGAUAUGGGAGUCCUUCUACCGUCAGUUGACCAUCGUGAUUUUUAACUUUAUGCUUAUGACUGUCUUUAUCAUAUUGAAUACAAGAACAUUAAAAACUCUUGAGAGACACCACAAAAAUGCAGUCUUUCGAUUUCAACCUGGCAAUCGAAAAGAAUUGCCCAAUUUUCGAACAGAACGUCUAGCUGCGGUGAAAACAAUCCGUUUGGUUUUGGGAUUAUUUCUUGUUUGUUACACCCCCUCCAACAUUUCCUCAGCUUUCUGGGCGUAUCAUGAAUUCGAAAAAAUUUCUGCUGCCGGAGUUCUGCUGGAUACAAUUUACAUAUGGACUUUUGUAAUUGCGAAUAGUGUCAGUUUUCUUAACUCAAUGAUUUUUAUACGUGGAAAUACAAAAUGCCGCAGAGUUGUAAAAUCGCUUUUCUGUGAGAGUACCGAAGCUCCUGGGUAAAAUACAAUAUCUAAAUUCAUAGGCAUGGACACUGGAGCUGGGAGUAUUGCAGCUUCGCUAAUCAGGGCAAGCUUAUCACAUUUCAGGCUCCUUUCGGCGGUUCUAUCUCAAUAAACGAGAGUAGUCAGGCAAAAUCCAGACUAGACAAACCCUCCCUGAAUGUCUAGCAUCCGCUAGGCUCAUUAUUAUAUUGACGACUAUUUCAAAGGUUUGCUAGAGAAUCAUAUCAAUUUUCUUAAUGAGCAACUAGCUGCAUUGAAAAGACUUUGUUUGGUAACGGAACUACAUCGUGUUUACUACUGUCCAUUCAACAAUUCAUACCUCGUCUUGUGUCAUGAUUGCCUUCUUUGAGUGGAGUGCCGUAGUAAUGUUUGCAAGCAGUUUUUUGCAUUCUCUGAUCAAGUUUUAUGGAAAUAUAGAGUUUUACAGAAUAAUGUCAUCCAGUUACAGUGCUGUUUGUGAGAAAAGUAAUGGAACCACAUUGGAUAUCGCUUUUUCAUUUAUAUGUUAAUGAUUAUUUCAAAGAUUUGUCAGAUCAUCAACUUUCCAAAAUACAAAUAUAACGAGCCCCGGAUAUAUCGAACUUCCCGGUAUAAGGAACAGAAUGUCUGGUCCCCUAGAUUCUGUUUAACAAACUCCUUCAAAAUUCUGGCGGUAUAACGAAACCCCGGACAUAAUAGAAAGGGAAUUUUUGUGAGCAAUCUAGCAAACAGGGUAACCAGUAUUUUUUCUUUUAAUAUAUGAUCCUGGUGGGUCUUUGGCUCAAAUUUUUCUUAUAGAAAAUAGUUCGAUUGUCUCCAGAAAGUAAUCCUGAGCCAUUCUGAGAUUUAGCACUUGUCAAAACAAUGAGAAAUAAGUGAUAAAAGACUAC